AUGGUGAACUGCUGUGGUCUGGUUACGGUCAAGAAUGAGCCAGGGUUUGUGGAAAACGGAAGCAGUGUCAGCGAGUCGCCUAUUUUAACUGCCUGCUUUCAUUGGCCCGAUAUAGUGGAAGAAAAGCCUGGACCCGAAUGUGAAUGCAAGACUGAAAUGUACACGUCACAAACCAUGACCUUGAAAGAAGAAAAGUAUUCACCAAUGGAAAUUAAAGACGAAGAAGAAUUUGAUUUAAGUGAAUAUGGUCACUAUGUCUCUUCUCCUGCAAGAGACAUUCAAAGGAUCCAAUCUAACAAGAGAGGGAACACUGAGAAAAAAAGAAACAAAGACAGAAGUUACAAUCGCUCACACUUAACUGUACAUAUGAUGACACAUACUGGACAAAAGCCACUUCAGUGUUCUCAUUGUGGAAAGACCUUUAAUCACAAAUCUACCCUCAAGGAACACCAGAGGAUCCAUACUAGGGCAAAGCCACAUCAGUGUUCUCAGUGUGGAAAGGCCUUUACCUGUAUGUCUCAUCUCAAGAUACACCAGCAGAUCCAUACUGGAGGAAAGCCACAUCAGUGUUCUCAGUGUGGAAAGACCUUUCAUCACAUAUCUAGCCUCAACAAACACCAGAGGAUCCAUACCGGGGAAAGCCCUUAUCAGUGUUCUCAGUGUGGAAAGGCCUUUUAUUUCAAAUCUGACUUUAAGGCACACCAGAUGAUCCAUACUGGAGAAAAGCCACAUCAGUGUUCUCAGUGUGGAAAGGCCUUUAGCCAAAUGUCAAAUCUCAAGACACACCAGAAGAUACAUACUGGGGCAAAGCCAUAUCAGUGUUCUAAGUGUGAAAAGACCUUUACCCUAAAGUCUUCUCUCAAGAGACACCAGACUAUCCUUACUAGGGCAAAGCCACAUCAGUGUUCUCAGUGUGGAAAGGCCUUUACCUGUAUGUCUCAUCUCAAGAUACACCAGCAGAUCCAUACUGGAGGAAAGCCACAUCAGUGUUCUCAGUGUGGAAAGACCUUUCAUCACAUAUCUAGCCUCAACAAACACCAGAGGAUCCAUACCGGGGAAAGCCCUUAUCAGUGUUCUCAGUGUGGAAAGGCCUUUUAUUUCAAAUCUGACUUUAAGGCACACCAGAUGAUCCAUACUGGAGAAAAGCCACAUCAGUGUUCUCAGUGUGGAAAGGCCUUUAGCCAAAUGUCAAAUCUCAAGACACACCAGAAGAUACAUACUGGGGCAAAGCCAUAUCAGUGUUCUAAGUGUGAAAAGACCUUUACCCUAAAGUCU